AUGGCGGCGGCGGCGGCGCUGCUGGCCCGCGGCGGCGCGGUCUCCCGGGCGCUGGCGCUGGGCGGCCCGCGGCGGCUGCACGCGGUCUACCAGACGGCCGAGCUGCCCGACACCCACCAGAUGCUGCGGCAGACCUGCCGCGACUUCGCCGAGAAGGAGCUGGUGCCGGCGGCCGCGCAGCUGGACAAGGAGCACCGCUUCCCGGCCGCGCAGGUGAAGAAGAUGGGUGGCCUCGGGCUGCUGGCCAUGGAUGUGCCAGAGCAGUACAAAGGAGCAGGCCUCGACUACCUGGCCUAUUCCAUUGCCGUAGAGGAGAUCAGCAGGGGCUGCGCGUCCACAGGCGUCAUUAUGAGUGUCAAUAAUUCUCUGUAUCUAGGGCCAAUACUCAAGUUUGGUUCCGAAGAGCAGAAGCAGAAGUGGAUCGCUCCUUUCACCAGCGGGGAUAAGAUCGGGUGUUUUGCCCUUAGUGAACCAGGAAACGGCAGUGAUGCAGGAGCUGCUUCCACUGUGGCCCGCCUAGAUGGUGACGAGUGGGUUCUGAACGGCACCAAAGCCUGGAUCACCAACGCCUGGGACGCCUCUGCUGCCGUGGUGUUUGCCACUACUGAUAAAUCCCUGAAACACAAGGGCAUUAGUGCGUUCCUGGUUCCUAUGCCAACCGCUGGCCUUUCACUGGGGAAGAAGGAAGACAAGCUGGGAAUCCGAGCGUCUUCCACUGCCAACCUGAUAUUCGAGGACUGUCGGAUACCCAAGGCCAACCUGCUGGGGCAGCUGGGCAUGGGCUUCAAAAUUGCUAUGCAAAGCCUGGAUGCGGGAAGGAUUGGUAUCGCCUCGCAGGCUCUUGGAAUUGCCCAGGCAGCUCUGGAUUGUGCUAUGGAUUAUGCUGAAAAGAGAAUGGCCUUUGGGUCACCUAUCACAAAGCUACAGGCGAUUCAGUUUAAGCUAGCAGAUAUGGCUGUGGCGUUGGAGGGUGCGCGCUUGCUGACCUGGAGAGCAGCUAUGCUGAAAGACAGUGAGAAGCCCUUCACAAAGGAAGCUGCAAUGGCCAAACUGGCUGCAUCUGAAGCUGCAACAGCCAUUUCUCAUCAGGCCAUCCAGAUCUUGGGUGGGAUGGGCUAUGUGACAGAGAUGCCAGCAGAACGGCACUACCGUGACGCUCGUAUCACUGAGAUCUAUGAAGGGACCAGCGAGAUCCAAAGACUGGUGAUAGCAGGUCAACUGCUGAAGGAGUAUCGUCGCUGAAGACCCCAACUGGAGCAAGACACUGCCCCAAAGUGCCUCGUAACAACGCACAACAGCAAUUCCAGUUUUGGCCAUCUUGAAAGAGGCGAACAAUGGACACUUUGCUUGCCCAUGAGUGCUGCCCCCUGUUAAAAUGUGCUCAUUCUUCUUUGGACAAAGUAUGGUGCAUGGACGUCCUGAUCUAGGUUUGUAAAGGGAAGCGAGGCGGCACCUGCUGCUUGUAGCAGGGUUGGGGGGGGGGGGGAGGGCAGCCUUUUCCUAAGGGGAGCGUUGUUUUGGGGCUGACUGACAGACACCGUGGCUUUGCUGGUCCACGAAGUCAGCCGCUCGCCUUGUGUGUGGCCCAGCUGUUUCUUGGUUUGCACAAUUUGUCCCCAAGUGGUAUGCCAUAACCAGCAUCAAAGUCAAAGCAGGGAUACUGAGAGAGAGAUGCAAAUCACGUGUGCUGUUCCUGGCUGUGCGUUACACUACCUCUUCUGAUCAGAAUUUAAUGAGUUCCAGUUACAGGAUGCUGCUGUCCACAAGCUCUUUUUUGGAUAUGGGCUGCACUGAGAUAAUCUUUGCUUACUACACAAGGUGAAGCAGUGCACGGUGCCCUCAGUGUCAGCAGGAGCUAAGACUCAAAAGACACUCAUACAGGCUGCAGUUUCCAUCUACAUAGAUGUAAAAACAUAGAUAACAAAGAAAAAAAGCUAUUUCAGCCACCACAGACCAGCAGCUUGCAUUGAUCUGUAAAAGCACAGGCCAGAGAAAAGCUACCAUGGUGGAGAUGGAGGUAAAAAUAAAGGGCGGAAAAAAAAAAAAACAAACCCUCACACAUGUAGGCCAAGAACCGCUCCUCAAAGCAGCUGCUAUGAAACCAACAACUAACAGGAAAGAUGGUGCACGAAGUGGCAGUAGCAGCCUUUAAUCUCUGCAUGUUUUGGGCAACAGCUACAAAAUGAGCAGAUGAUACAGAAAACCUUACCAGGAAGCUUUAACAGUAGCACAUGUUCUCAAUUUUUGACAAGAAGUAACCUUUGGGAAGAUCAGAGCCUUCCUUUUAGCUGUUUAACUCAGACAAAGAUGAAGCAGAUUGAGACUACAGCCCGUAUAGUCCACCUCCCCCGUCCAAACAACGAGCACACUAGAAGUCAAUGGUUACUUUUGUGCAGUGUCAUUUAUUUGGAUUUGGGUAGAGAGAAAACAGCAAGAUUAAACAACAGGUAAGACAAAUAAAACCUGCAUUUAAAGGA